GCUGCGACCUGCGCAGGCGCAAACCUGCAGCUGGUGGGUGAGGGCUGGAAGUGGCCCGGUUCGCGGCAGCGCCCCGAUGGAACCUCCUGGUCCUGUGAGGGGGCCCUUGCAAUAUUCCAGCUGGUAUGAGCCUUCUGCAGAGGUAGUCCAGACUAGAACGGCUGUAUCACUAACAGCAGCUGAAACUCUGGCCCUUCAGGGUACACCGGGACAAGAGAAGAUUAUGAUGAUGGAACCAAAGGAAGAGGAAGAGUCUUGUGAGUAUGAGACCAGGCUACCUGGGAACCACUCUACCAGUCAAGAGAUCUUCCGCCAACGCUUCAGGCAUCUCCGCUACCAGGAGACUCCUGGUCCCCGGGAGGCCUUGAGCCAGCUACGGGUACUCUGCUGUGAGUGGCUAAGGCCAGAGAAACACACGAAGGAGCAGAUCCUGGAGUUCCUGGUGCUGGAACAAUUCUUGACCAUCCUGCCUGAGGAGCUCCAGUCGUGGGUGCGGGGACAUCACCCUAAGAGUGGAGAGGAGGCUGUGACUGUGCUGGAGGAUUUAGAGAAAGGACUUGAACCAGAGCCGCAGGUCCCAGGCCCUGCACAUGGACCUGCACAGGAAGAGCCAUGGGAGAAGAAGGAAUCUCUGGGAGCAGCCCAGGAAGCACUGAGCAUCCGGCUCCAGACUAAGGAGACGCAGCCUUUCCCAAAGAGUGAACAGGUGUAUUUACAUUUUCUGUCAGUUGUUACAGAAGAUGGCCCAGAGCCCAAGGACAAAAGAUCAUUGCCACAACCACCCAUUACUGAAGCGGAAUCACAGGUGUUCUCAGAAAAACUUGCUACUGACACCUCUACAUUUGAAGCUACCUCUGAGGGUACCUUACAACUGCAGCAGAGAAAUCCCAAAGCGGAGACACUGAGGGGGCCCCCUGCCCAGGGGAAAAGUUUCAGGCAGAUGGUUGUCACCCAUAAGGAAAUUCCCACAGGGAAGAAAGAGCAUGAAUGUAGUGAAUGUGGUAAAACCUUCAUUUAUAACUCACAUCUUGUUGUCCACCAGAGAGUUCAUUCUGGAGAGAAACCCUAUAAGUGUAGUGACUGUGGGAAAACUUUCAAACAGAGCUCAAACCUCGGUCAGCAUCAGAGAAUUCAUACAGGAGAGAAACCCUUCGAAUGUAACGAAUGUGGGAAGGCCUUCAGGUGGGGUGCUCAUCUUGUUCAGCAUCAGAGGAUUCACUCAGGAGAGAAGCCCUAUGAGUGUAAUGAGUGUGGGAAGGCCUUUAGUCAAAGCUCCUAUCUCAGUCAGCAUCGGAGAGUUCACAGUGGAGAGAGACCUUUUAUAUGUAAAGAAUGUGGGAAAGCUUAUGGGUGGUGCUCAGAACUCAUUAGACAUCGGAGAGUUCAUGCCAGAAAAGAGCCUUCCCAUUGAACUGAAGGGGAGAACGUCUCCAGACAGGAUUCUACAUCGGUCUAAUCUACUUUAGGACUGGAUCCCAUAAAAGUUAUAAGCUCCUUAAGA